CAUUUAUCAGCAUUUCAGGCCCGCUACUACAGUAUCGCAUCGUCGCCAAAACACCAAGAAAACCGUAUUGCAAUCUGUUGUAUCGUCACUAAAUACACCAUCGGAGAUCGCUUGAUCAAAGGAGUUUGUACGAACUAUUUACUUGGGAAGGAGGUAGAUGAUCGUACACCAGUUUUCGUGCGUAAAUCACAAGUGCGUCUCCCACAUCGUGCAACUACUCCAGUGAUUAUGAUCGGUCCUGGAACGGGUUUCGCACCCUUCAGGGCCUUCCUUCAAGAACGGAAGUUUCAGAAGGAUCAAGGGAAAGAAGUCGGACCAAUGAUGUUGUACUAUGGUUGUCGACAUCCGCAGCAUGAUUACAUCUACCGGGAUGAGAUCGAAGAAAUGGUCAACGAUGGUGUAAUCACCGAUUUGUUUUGUGCAUUUUCGCGUGCUCAAGAACACAAAAUUUAUGUGCAGCAUAGACUGUGGGAAAGUCGUGAUAAAGUGUGGAGCGCAAUCGAAGCCGGUGCACAUAUUUAUGUUUGCGGUGACGCUCGUAAUAUGGCACGUGAUGUGCAGAACACCUUGCUACGCAUAUUCCACGAGACUGGAGGUAAAAGCGAAGAAGAAGCGGCGACAUUAUUCAAGAAUCUGGAACGACAACGAAGAUACCAAGCUGAUGUUUGGUCAUAG